AUGGUGUCGAGGGACCCCAAUGCCGCGCCUGAAAAGGGCUGCGGUACCUGCACCAAACGUCGCAUCCGAUGCGAUUUGGCACGGCCAGUUUGCCAGAAAUGCGUGAAGCGUGGACUCGAGUGUCCCGGCUACGGCCAGCGGCUGCGUUGGGCAGGCGGCGUUGCUGUGCGAGGCAAGUUGAAGGGCAAGAUGAUUCCGCUGCCCCAGACCGGCGGCUCGACGAAUACACGGCAGCCGACGACGCGCCAUGUGUCUGCGACGGCGUCAAAGGACGAGGCUGGCGAUGUUGACGAGGCUCAGCGCCAUGUCGGCUCGUCGCCCGUGUGCGUGCCCGUGCUGCUGGAUCUUACCCUGCGCAGCUCGUUGCCCAAAUUCAUCGACUACUUCGACAAGAAUCUGGCUGGGCUGAUGGUGUGGUUUGACUCGGAGGAAAACGACUACCGACGACGUGUGCUGCCCCUGGCCACGAACACGCCGGCCGUGCUAUACGCUGUUGCUGCCAUCGCCGCCCAUCACGGUGCGACGUCCUUUUCCCUGGGCAUGCCUCGCUUUCCCGAGGCUGCCAGGGACGCUUGUCUCGGCUUGAUUACUCGCCACGUUCAGAACAUGACGGGGCGGCUGGCCGACGGUUCUGAGCUGAAUACUGGCACCGACAUUGCCGAGGCCGAGUGGAUUUUGGCCUCCAUUAUGAUGAUUUCGUGCUACGAAAUGACCAAUUCGCAGAUUGCCGCGGCCGAAGGACACAGACGCGCCGCGAGGACUCUGGUCAACGUCUUUACUACCAAGGAAGCGAGCAACAGAGGCCUCUUCCGCUUUCUGCGCACCCAACUCGCCAUCUACGAUGUGCUGGCAUCUACCACGUCCUUCAACCUCCAAGACAUCCAAGAGACCGUGCUCCCCCUGCCUGGCACCGAGCGUGGUCUCUUCUCACAAUACCUCUCUCUGCUACACUUUGUCACGCUUCUGUCUCGUCGCGCCGCCUUCGGUCUGGAGGCCAAUGCCUUGACGCCGGGCAACUUUCCCGACGCCACGCGCAUUCGGUGCCAGUUCGAACAGGCGCGAGGCACAACGCUUCUCGCCGCAGCGAAGCUAAGAAUCGAACCAGCCAUUCUCCGGCGCGACUUUGUACGGCUCGUCGACAUUUAUCACCAUACGGCUGUUUUGUAUUCUUACCGCUGCUUGGGAUACGCACACGACGGCAACAUGGACUGGAGGGCAUCGGUGGAAAAGCUAUUCGAGCAGCUCGGCACCUUGGAGGAUCCCGCGCUAUGCGCCCAGAAUCUACCCUGGCCUGCCUUCAUUGCCGGCGCCGAAUGCCACGACGAUGUUGUGAAGCAGCGAGCCGUCACCAAUUUGCUGACGGGGAUUAUCAAGACGACGGGCUUUAAGAACCACGCCGACAUUCUCAACUUUUUGGGCGUGUUUUGGGGCGGCGCAAAUCCAGACUGGCGACCGCUGGCUCAGCAAUUCCAAGAAAACGGAUACCAGGUCCUUCCUGUGUGA